AUGUCUUCGACAAGCGUCCCCAAAGUCGUGCCCGCUCAGUUGUCUUUUCUCGCCAUCUACAAUCCGGCGCUGAGCAGUUCUGAUGAAGACGUCCAUCAGCAGAUUGUAUUUUACCAUUCCAAAUCCGCGAAAUCAAAAUCAAAAUCAAAAACACGAGGGAAGGCAGCGCGACAAGAACAAGAUAAGGAUCACCAGCAAAGCAUCGAAAACAAUGACGAGAAGCUCCUGCAAGUUGGGCUUGCUCAGGGCAUGGUCGAUUUCGCCAGGAGCUUCUCCAAUGGCGAACCCGUAGAAUCCAUAGAUACAGAACGGUCGCGAAUCGUAUUGAUCGAGUUGGAAGAAGGAUUUUGGAUACUCGCCGUAGGAAUAGUGUCUCUGUCAAUCGAUCUUACGCGACUCCCCGUAAUAGCCAACACGUCAAAAUCCGGUUCCACGAAGACCGACACAAGUACGCAAGAAUACGAAUACUCUGCUCGCGAAGUCAGUCCUCCUGAACUCCUUAAGCAACAGCUCAGGAGUGCGUAUUCGAUUUUUACACUUCACCACACAAGUUUUCAGCGCGUUUUCGCAAGACAAGGGCGCGAAUCCUUCGAACGGGUACUUCAGAAAUACUGGACACAGUUCGCCAAGCGUUGGGAUGUGUUACUUCACGGCAACCCUGCGGUAGAAAUAUAUAAUGGGCUGAAACUUGCUUCUGGAGGCGAGCUGGGCAUGGGCGUCGGGGAAGAGGAGUGGGGAAGCCCAGAGCGUGAUGUUUUGGAGGGAUACGUCAAAUCAACUGACGGGCUCAUUGAUGUGGUAGUCUCCCGAUUCGGUGAGCCUGCAUCUUCCGCGACCGAGGCAACUUCAAAGGCGCCUUAUGAUUCCGCAGAGCCACAGCCAUGGCUUGGAAAUGGGAAAUUUCCAGGGCCUGCAGAUGGUGUUGUCUUCUCGGGAACCGGGGCUUUGAGUCGUCAAUCUUUGCGCGACGUAUCUCGCUGGGUCGAAUCUAUAUAUACCAAUGGCGAACAAACCUAUGGUGUCACCUUGAACCCAACGACGGGGCGCGAGCGCACAAAACGAAGAGUAACGAAACCUACAGCCGCAUCGCCUUCAACUCCUGAGCCGCCUAAAGAGCUGACCGCGCCUCCACCGGGUAUUCCUCCGCCUAUUGUCAGAGCUGCUGAAGCUUCACUGGAAAAUGCUGCAAAAGCUGUUGACAGUGCGGGCAGCACACCUGCUGAGACAGACCAGAGCUUGCCAUCAUUAGGAGAUGUAGAGGCAUGGAAAAAGUACUUGACCCUUCCUUAUAGUAGUUUCUUUGGUCGAAAGCAAGAACCAGCAGAAAUGCCAGCAGAGAGUACCGGAAAGGGUGAAGAACCGGAGCUGGAGCAGGAGCCAAAAGACCCAGUAUCGGAAGCUACCCUCCAGACACAGCAGGAGAAUAAAGGAUACUUCCUGGUUGGACUUCAGGGGGACAUGGAUGACGAUGACGAUGAAAGCCCACGUAUACCUCUUCGCUUUCUUCACGUCGAGCUUGCUGAGGAUAUCCCUCAGACACCCAAUACUGAUGGCGACACACCUGCUUUCGAGAAGGAGUUGUCCUUCACACCGCAACGUAAUCUGUCUCGGUUGCGAGCUCUUGUCUAUGUGCACCGACCUUUCAUCUACAUCUUCUUCUUGAAGCAUAGCGCUCAGUCAUUGACAUUCUCAACCUUCUAUCGUACUAUUCACUCUUUCUUUUCGCCACUAAAUGCCUCUCUCAGCAAAAGCACGUCUCCCGAGAGGGUCGCAGAACGCAUAUCGAGUGCCGCUCAUCCCUACACAACCAACCCCGAGCCGAAUGCACAGCCUAUCUAUGAUGUGGUGUAUGACCCAAAGACAUACACCGUACACGCCAGCUUACCGAACAUCCCGGAGCCAGGCACUCUGGUGUCGGAGGGCAUCUCCAGCGGAGGCGUAGUUAUCCCACUAGGGUGGUCGCGCGUCGAAGCUCUCCACGUGCACUCGCACAUCAUGACCGCCAUCACCGACACUCGACGAGACUACGGAAAGAUCGAGCAAACAUGCAAAACAUCUCGCGGAUGGUGGGUCGCAUGGAUGCGGCUGCCGCCCUCUGGGGUCACGGCCCCGACCACAAACGAAGAGGCCGCCUCCAUCGAGUUCAAUUCCGAGGAUCUACGCGAGGCAUUUUUGAUCCGCAGGGCUCGCGACUCUGCAACCAUCACAGCUGGUUCCGGGAACGGCGGGAAGACGUCUGGGUCGAGGUUCGCGAGUGGCAUGUGGGGUCUCGGCGGGCCAUCGACGGACGAGAAGAUGGGCGGGAAGGCUGCUGGAUGGGGCCCGAAGGGUCUUGCGGAGGGUAUUGGUGUCGAUACCAGGAGGCAUGUUUCCGAGAUUCUGAGUCUCUGCCGAUAA